UCUAUCGCUUUAAAUUCCAAUCUCUGAUACAGCAGAGAUCAUAAAGUCUUUCAGUAGAGGGAGAGAAAUAUUAUAAAUUACACCUGAAAUAUUCUGCAUAUUUCAGAGUAUAGUCAUUUAAUCACUGUGUUCAAUUAGAUAGGUAUUUCAAAAGCACUUGAUAUUGAUUACCAAAGAAAUGGUGAUGGAGAAGCCAAGUCCCCUGCUUGUAGGGCGGGAGUUUGUGAGGCAGUAUUACACACUCUUAAACAAAGCACCCGAUUUCCUGCACAGGUUCUAUGGAAGGAACUCCUCCUAUGUUCAUGGCGGACUUGACUCCAACGGGAAGCUUGCAGAAGCAGUGUAUGGCCAAGCAGAAAUCCACAAGAAGGUCCUGUCCCUGCAGUUCCAAGAAUGCCACACGAAGAUCAGACACGUGGACGCCCAUGCCACGCUGACUGACGGUGUUGUGGUCCAGGUGCUGGGUGAGCUUUCCAACAACGGCCAGCCGAUGAGGAAGUUCAUGCAGACCUUUGUGCUCGCUCCAGAGGUGCGUAGUACGGGCUCCGUGGCAAACAAGUUCUACGUACACAACGACAUUUUCCGCUAUGAGGAUGAGGUUUUCGGCGACUCUGAGGCUGAACUUGAUGAGGAAUCUGAAGAGGAGGUUGAGGAGGAGCAGGAGGAGAGACAGCCGUCCCCAGAGCCACUCCAGGACAGUCCUAACAGCACUACCUACUACGAGCCUCACCCUGUCAUCAAUGGUGUUGAGGAGCCCAUGGAGGAGCCGGCUCCAGAGCCUGAGCCCGAGCCUGAACCGGAGCCCGAGGUAGAGGAGCUGAAGCCUGACGUGGAGGAGAAGGUGAUGGAGGAGCUGGAGGAGAAGGCCCCCUCCCCGGUCCCAGUAGAGUCCCCACCCAGCACGCAGGAGGCCCCCAAGACCUUCUCCUGGGCCUCGGUGACCAGUAAAAACCUGCCUCCUAGCGGUACAGGACCCUCCUCUGGAAUUCCCCCCCAUGUUGUUAAAGCACCAAGCUCACAGCCCAGAGCAGAGACCAAACUUGAGAGCCAGAUGGCCCCUCUCCGGGGACCCCGGGACCAGCGCCCCCGCGACAGACCAGCCUUCGUACAGCGAGCAUCCAGACCUGAUGGUGUUGCACCUUCAGAAUCACAAACUGGGAAACCCCACUUCAGUUUUGUCAACAAAGGUCGGGGCGAGGCGGACCCCGGUGAGAUGGACAACAGGAGGAUCAUCCGGUACCCAGACAGCCACCAGCUCUUUGUGGGCAACCUCCCUCAUGACAUUGACGAGGCAGAGCUCAAGGACUUCUUCAUGACUUUUGGCAAUGUAGUGGAGCUGAGGAUCAACACCAAGGGAGUCGGAGGAAAGCUGCCCAACUUUGGCUUUGUGGUCUUUGACGACUCUGACCCUGUCCAGAGAAUCCUGGGGGCGAAGGUAGGGGGGCCCAUCAUGUUCCGUGGCGAGGUGCGCCUGAACGUAGAGGAGAAGAAGACCAGGGCGGUGCGUGAGCGGGAGGUCCGUGGUGGAGACGACCGUAGAGACAUGGGGAGACGUGGCGACAGGGGGCCCGGCGGCCCACGAGGAGGCAUGGUGGCCGGCAGCGGGAUGAUGCGUGACGGCAGGGGCCCCCCACCCAGGGGUGGCAUGGGUGCUCCCAAGCCCGGCCUGGGUUCUGGAAGAGGAGCAGGAGGAUCCGCCGAGGGCCGCUUCACCACCCAGCGCCGCUGAUAGUGCCACCUGCAGUUCGGAAGUAGUACCACGUUCAUCUUCUACCGUUCUCGUUAACGAAAAAAUCUACAUGUAUAAACGUAUAUACUUUUGUUUGUUUAUUUUCGUUUCGGUAAAAAAGUAUUUUUGGCUUUGGAAUGUGACAGACUGUCAACUAUUUCUUCUUUGAUGUGACAGACAAAAAUGAGCAGACGUCAAAUUUGCAUUUUCGCUUUACUUAGCUGUGAGCUGAGCGUACUUUUCCAGUGUUGUCAAGAAUUCACAAACAUUAAUUUGUAAAUUUGAGGAAAAGCAACCAGGAGUAAUCUGCAUCGUUAUAGGAGGAGGGACUGAUAGACUUUUACCUACGAUAAUACAGCCCAUCAUUUGGAAUAGAGAUUAUUACGCCUCGACUUACCAGGGCGCUACGUCACGAAACCCCUCUUAAUGCACAUUUUAUAUGUGGGAGUUCUCUGCCCGUUACUGUUGGAAAAGCAUGAGGUGAAUUUCCUGCUGUGGGGGGCUUGCAUUUAGUUUUUUCCUUUUCAAAGGACACUGCUUAAAACAAAUUGCAUAAUGCUCUCAUCAAUAUGCACUAAUGGGUACUUUUGUCAUGUUACAUUGACAUCCUGGGAUCGCAGCUGGUUGAGACAUCUACUGUUGUCUCAAAGCUAAACGACGUGACAAGGCAGGCCUCCACUUCAGGCCUGUUUACUGUGACCAAUAUACUUCUCUCACAUCUUUCAUCUGCGAACCCAUAACUAUGCUUCAAUUACUGCUGGAAUACAACAUACCAAUCUACAGAAUGAUUAUUUUCCUAAAUGAAUUUAAUAAAAAGCUCCUGGACUUCACCAAAUGGGGACAUAAAAGGAUGAUCCACAGACACAACCCAAGCUGACCAAUAGGAGAGUGGUGGUGAUAAUGUUCGGAGACUCGCUCCCUAUUGUUUUUUCUUUUAUUUUCAUGCAUUUUUUUUUUCUUCUCCCCUACCCUUGCCAGAACCGUGAAACUGGGGCUCCUCUUCUCCCUCCAUUCCCCGUCAAGUGUACGGAGGAACAUAAUAAAUGUACAGCAAAAAUCAUAGUUCACUGUAUGAUUUAAUUCUCUCUUUUUUUUCAACUUGACUAUAAAAGCAUGAUGGUGCCUUCUAUUUCAUCUUUCCAGUCUUACUAGUGAGUUGAGUUCGGGGUACCCGGUUUUGCUCCCAGCUCCAGUUGAACUACUCUACCUACUGAGGCCAGGAGAAUUUGCAGUGUUCUUCACAGGAUUAUAAUGUUUUUCUGGUGCACAUUUCACUCUCCCAUAAGUACUGUUGAACUACCUAAGAUAAUGUCCUGCAAGUUGUGCAUUUGUUUAUAGGAUAUGCUCUGGGGUUUUGAAGAGACUAGAGAGACAACGGGUGCCUGAAGUUUUAAUGUUAAAUGUCCCAGAGAAUGCGUUAUUAGGUUAAAGAAAUGACUCAUUGGAACAUACUAGUCAUGUGUGAUUCUUGGUUAGUCAAGCAAAUGGGAUCAGUUGAAGAGUUUGCAUCUGCAGUAUUGACGAGCUGUUUGCUUAGUAACUGUAACGGACAGUGAAAAUGAAAUGCCCUCUUAAAGGAAAACGUAUUGCACGGCUCAGACAUGGGCUACUAGACGGUUCUCAAUCGGUACGGUCAAUUGGAGCAGCAUGGGCUUUGUCUCAAACGGUGGCAUAAGCCCUGGAUCCAAGGGCAUCCGACUGUUUCAUCAACAACAAACAUUUUUCGUUGGCAGCAAUUUUUGUAAAAUGGUCAUCUUAGGUGUGGUUUAGCCUUAGUGCAAACUUUAUCUGGGAUGACACUCACUUUUUUAAAUCCAUUUAUGCGUUCAUAUUUUUUUAAAUGCUGAUAUUCAAUGUGCUGUGUACCGAUUUUUCUAUAUUUUUUUCCCCACUAAGGCAAAAUAAGAUUUCUAUACCAGUACUCUGCCAGUGAAAUGGGAAGUUUUCUUUUUGUGACUGUGAAAGGGAAGACCUCGGUUUCAACCUGGAAUAGAAUCGGGGAGGAGAAAUGACAAAUAUUUUGCACUUCUUUUUUCUUAUUACUGGUCUUCUUGCACUGAAACGGAAAGUUAAAUCUGAUGUAGCGCCUUUUCCAAAAUGUCGUACUGAGGUCUUCCUUGUCAGGUGGUAUUGCGCUAUUUCUGAAAUUUUCUGGGGACAAUCUGUCACAGUAAAAACACUUUUCCCAUCCUAUCCCCUUUUCUGACAUUGCUCUCAUAAUUAAUUUUCUCGUGGCGUGGGCCAGCUUAAAAAGCCAGUCACACUGGUGGAAAUGCAUGUACCUUUUGGUUGGAUUGGAGCGACGAGACGAACGAGCCGGUGUGUGUUAUGGGAAAAGGACAUUUUGAAAUUGAGCCCCUUUCUCCAGGAACCCAUUGUUGGUCACUGCAGAACUACAUCCCACCCCAUGUUUCCACGCCGGUGUGUGUUAUGGGAAAAGGACAUUUUGAAAUUGAGCCCCUUUCUCCAGGAACCCAUUGUUGGUCACUGCAGAACUACAUCCCACCCCAUGUUUCCACAUAUGGACAAGUUUCACAGUUGCCUAUAUACUCAUAAUGUGAGUUUCAUAUUAUGGCUAAGGAAAGGGCACUUACUGCGAUUUUACUUUUGCAAUGGUCAACAAGGGUGUGGAGAGUCAGCCGAGUGGAAUGCCAUCAUGCUUUCUGGCUAGUUUUCUGAAGUCAGUGCUUUAAAACACAGUGGUGUUAAAAUGUUUAUUGGGAGCAGAUUUGUACUUUUUAUUUUUUUUGCUCUGAAAUUUCAGUGAAACCCCCAUCUCUACCCCCAAGUUUCAAAGGACCCCCUAAAGCAAAGGCUGUAAACUUUUUCCACUGUUGAAAAAUGCUGUAGAGUGGAUUUAAAUGUAUAUCAUUCCAGUCCUCUUUUCAGUGGAAUAGGAUUUCCUUCCUGGCUUUAGCAAGUGUGGUACGCUAAGCAGUCAGUUGGUUGCCAUCUUAAUUUACUGUGUUUACCUUCUACUUGUUUGCUAGUAGAAACAAAAAAAUGUGUUGCAGAUGGAGCAAAUUUGUUUUAGUUUUCCAUUUUGAAUGUGUUUGGACUUAACAUACAAUAAACUACUGAUAUCUGCA